GCUGCAGCUAAUGAGCCUUUGUGUGGCCAAAGAGAGAAAGAGAAGGAGAGAGCAACACAGUGACAGAGAGGGAGUUAAAGUGAGAAAGACUGUCGUCUUGUAACAAUAAAGCAUAUGGUACCGACAGUGCAGUAAGACCUGGAAAAUUACUAGUCUCCCUCACUCUCCUGCACCCUUCUUGCUCAUGCCUGUGGAGCUUAGGGGUCGCUGCAAGUCAGUGGACUGAAACAAAAUGGGAAUCUCUUCAUUCAUCAUGUUUCACCUUUUUUGAAUAGUCACAUUUGUGACUGUGUGGCUGCACUGCGAGAAGAGGUGAAAGGAGUCACACUAUCAGUGGAUACAGGUGCAGAUGCAGCAGGCCAUGAGCGGAAUAUUGAAGAGGAAAUUUGAGGAAGUGGAAGCCUCCUCCUCCCCGUGCUCCUCUGUGCGGGAGUCUGAUGAUGAGGUCUCCUGCAGCGAGAGUGGGGAUAGCAGCGACAGUGUCAACCCCUCUGCCUCAGGUCCUUUCACCCCUGACUCUAUACUGAAGAGGGAAAAGCGCCUGCGAACUAGAAGGGUGCAUUUUGAGAAUGUGACAGUGUACUACUUCAGCCGGCGGCAGGGCUUCACCAGCGUGCCCAGCCAAGGAGGCAGCACGCUGGGCAUGUCCAACAGGCACAGCUGGAUCAGGCAGUACUCCCUGGGUGAGUUUGCCCUGGAGCAAGAGAGGAUCCACAGAGAUAUGCUCAGAGAUCACUUGAAGGAGGAGAAACUCAACUCUAUCAAACUCAAGUUGACUAAGAAUGGCACAGUGGAGUCUGAGGAGGCCAAUACACUCACGGCAGAGGACAUUUCCGAUGAUGAAAUCGACCUAGACAACACAGAGGUGGACGAGUACUUCUUCUUGCAGCCUCUUACCACUAAAAAGCGACGUGCAUUGCUGCGCUCUUCUGGGGUAAAGAAGAUUGAAGUGGAGGAGAAACAUGAACUUCGGGCUAUUCGCAUGUCCAGGGAGGACUGCGGCUGCGAUUGCAGAGUUUUCUGUGACCCAGAGACCUGUGCCUGCAGCAUUGCAGGGAUCAAAUGUCAGGUGGAUCGUAUGUCAUUUCCAUGUGGCUGCACAAAAGAGGGCUGCAGCAACUCAACUGGAAGAGUAGAGUUUAAUCCCAUACGUGUUCGAACCCACUUUUUGCACACCAUCAUGAAGCUGGAACUGGAGAAGAGUCGCGAGCAGCAGCAAACAUCCCCAACAAAUGGUUACCAUGGUGAAGCUAAUGACCUGGGAAGUGGAAACCCUUUUGCCCCGUCACAGCACAGGUUGGAGUACUCGUUGUCAGAUACAGUUCCACAAACAGCCAGCAUGCACCUGCAGGCUACAGAAGAAAUAGAGGAACCACUAGAGGAUGAAGAUGAAGAGGAGGAAGAUGACGAAGAUGAGGAGGAGGAGAAUGAAGACGAUGAGGAAGAUGAGGAGGAUAGUAGCAGUGUUUGCAGCGGGCUGUCUGACUCCAGCACACAGAGCUUGGCUAACAGUGACUCUGAGGAAGAAGAGGGUGAUGAAGAGGAUGCAGAGAAGUCUGAGAAUUUUGAGGAUGACAUGACAACUCCAGCAGUUUCUCACACAGAAGUGGUGCCCUUGUCCUCUGUGCUGUGUUACAGUGAUGGCUCUGUGGCGCAUGAUAACCACAUAAAUGGGAACAAUUACCUAAUGAACUCUUCCUCGGCUGAGUACUAUCAGCUGGGGAGCUCCAGCGCCAGCUCCAAUGGCCAAAACAGCGAACCCUACAGGGAAGCCUUAGUAUUCCAAGAUCCAGUCAAUACGUCCAAUGGCAGCAUGGCCCAGGGACCGUUCAGCGUGGCUGCUGAGCAGUACACAGACUACUCUAAUCAGACAGAGGAACAAUACACAACUAAUCACCAUUUUACUCUCACUGGUGGUGCUCCUGCUGCGCCUCUGACAUGCUACACACCUGACCCAAAGAAUGUUUUGUCUAAAGCAGCAUUUGUGGAGCAGCCUGACAGCCAGAACCAGACACAGUUUCAAAACUACCUGAACAAUAACAGCCAGGGUUCCUACAGCAGCCACGGCUCAUGCAUGACAGCAGUACAGCCUCCACAGGAGUCAAAUGUUAAUGGACAUUCUGACCUGACCUUACUAGCAAACAAUACUAAGAACCUCCCUUUACCAGACCAUUGCCCUGAGGUCACAGCCAUUUAAAGGACCUCACCUUUCAAAGUGUUCUUUCAUUACAAUGUGCUCACUUUAGCCUGACCAAGUGGCAUUUCUAGGUUCAGUGAUCAUUGCCUUUUUUCAUUAUCUGACCUUAAAUUUCAAAGCAAUUAACCGAACCCUAACACAUAUUCAUCUGUAACCAUAAAGCCAUAGGUUUGUGAAGAAAACUGCUUUGAGGAACUUUUUUUUUUCUUGCAGGUUUCUCCACGACAGUGUUUGUGCUUAAGCCGCAAAAUAUAAAAGAUUUUAAAAAAUACAAUUUAUGUCCUGCUGUGCAAUGUAUCUUGUAAUUUCAGAUGUAAAGUUCUAGUUUCAAGCAGAUAUUGUACUGUAGAUGGAAUUUUUCUAUGUCUGCUGUAUGUGUCAAAUGUGCAAAGAAAAAAAAAGUUUGCCGUCAGUUUAUUUAUUAUUGACGAAUUAUACAUGUAUACUCAUAUAUGGUAAUUGUUUUGAUAAAAAUUGUGCAUGCUGUUUUGGGUAUCUCAGUGGGGUAUGUGUGUAUAUAUAUAUAUAUAUAUAUAUAUACACACACACAUCAAAGAGUUGUUUUCAUGUACAUUUUUCUUUUGUGUCAUGUUUAUAUGCAAUUUUUAUGGAUUUUGGAAAGCAUGAAAAAAAACAAACAAAAAAAAAAAACAAACCUGAACACUUUGGAAAACAGUAUGAACAGACACCAAAAUCUGUUCAUUGCCUUUUGCACUUAUAGUAUGUAUCGGGGUCCAGUGGCAUGCAGUUGGUUUUCUAAAUGACAAAUCCUAGUUUCCUCCCAGUUCGCUCUAAGAGUCAUAUAAUUAGCAUGUGUCACUGCAAACGAAUCUAUUUACCGCAUCAUUUCAUGGAAACAGUGAUUUAGAUGAAGUGGAAGAAGAAACUGCAGACAGUAAACCUCCUUUAUCAUUAAACCACCAUAAAUGGCUUCACUCAGACAGUAACCAGUGGUGCAACAUUCUACCAACUUCGGAGUUGUUUACUUUGUCAAUCCAAUAAGGAUAUUGUUUGUUCUAUUGAAGUGCAAUGAAUGUUAGACUUUUUCUCUUCAAUACAGUUGACUUUGACUGUACUAAUUUGUACAUAAAGCACUUCUGGUUUCAUUCAGAACAAUGCCACAGUUUUUAGCAAUUGUGUAUGGGGUAGACAAAUUCGACGUUGACAAUCAAAGCUUGUUUUUGUAAACAUGAUUCUACUUUUCAGCUAUAAAACAGCUAGACAAUAUGUCUCCAGAGUCAUGUCUGCCAUGAAAUACUAUUGAAAAGCAAGAUAUGAUAAAAUUGCUUACCAAAAAUGUGUAAAUAAAAUUUUAACAUUUAUUCAUAAAUUCACUAAAAAUGUAAAAAGAAAAAAAUGAAGUGACUGCUCAACAAAUCAUUGACUGCAAUAACUUUUUGAGUAGUUCUGCAGUAUGGCUGAAGUACUUCACUCUGCUCCUGCAUGAACAGGCAUUUGCCCUUCUUUCAAAGCUUUCAAUACAUGCAGCUUUGUUAUAAUCAGAGUUCAGUGCUACAGCUUUGGUGUCUGUUGAGUGUCUUGGAUCUCCAGAGCCACUUUUCAUGGUACAGAGGAAGUUUAAAAACUACUUUAAAGCAAUCAGUGGCAUCAUCUUAGCCUUUAGUGCAUACUAAUUGUGCCAAAGCAUACAGUGUGUGAAGGCUAGAUACACUGACAGUUAAUCCAGUUAAAAAUCCUGGGUUCAGGUUUAAUUUUCCAAUAUUUAUUAUGAAUGGUAUAUUGAAAUGAGUAUUUAUUGUGGUUUACUAAAAGUCUGUAUUGAUUAAAUUGCUUCACUAUCUUAUAGUUGUCUUUUGUUUCUUGGGUGUUGUGAGUUGUAAAGCUUCAUGUGCCUGAUUUAAUUCUUUUUCAUAUUUGGUGAAAUGCAUAUGUUUUGCACAAAAAGGUACAAAACUUUUUAAAUGUGUGGUUUCCAACUGUAAAUAAAUCUUACAUCCUU